AUGAAAUUUCAUCUACUCUUCCUCACAUUCUUGUCGCUCAUUGUGAGCGGUCGCCUCACAAGCAACCGCGGAGAGCUCCCAACCACGAUCAAUGAGACCGUCGAUGCCGCUUCUCGUAGAUCAACGAAUGCAACAGAACCGCUUCCGAUGACUCUAAUCACCAGGAGGUCUAUAGUAAUUUAUCUAAACACGACUGAUAAUUCAGACUCUACUCCCUUUAUCAAUGACUCUAACAUAGCCAUCUUGAAUCCCGAGUUUGAAAAUCUUACAAACUCCUCUGGCUCAGCCUCUCCGACGACAUCCGCGAUUCCUGCCACUUCAACACUAUCCCCCGGGUCCACUGAAAUUUCCAUCUCAGAGCUCCCGACAACAGCCUCACCAAGUGAAACUCAUUUGAUAUCCACAUUCGAAGAAUCGAUUCUUUCUUCCAGCACAAUCCUGUCCCCCAGCUCAACCGAAGCUUUCACCUCAGAGCUCCCAACAACAGAAGCUGCUCCAACUUAUGAGCGUCAGAGUCAGCGAUCGACCUGAAUAUGACCGCUGCAUGCAAUAUGCUGCCUCAGCUGGAUAUUGGCUCACCUUUUUCGAAAAGUACCCAUACUUGAGUGAAGAGUUACUGGAGUUGCCUGUAAACAAAAUUGAGGUUCUCGGAAAAGUGUGCUCAACUUUCAGGUGCCAAUGGACAUCAAAAGGCCGCUGCUGGCUUCCAUUGAUCGAUGUUGAGCCAAUUUGCACCAGACUCAGUAUUCUUCAAGGCGCUUUGGGGAAAUGUUUGAGAAAUCAAAAGAGAAAUGGAUACCGAAGUCAUACUUACCUCGAACUAA